GCUACACUGACUGCUCGAGCUCUGUUGUGGCAGUGCAUGGUUAUAACGGCAAGACGGUGGAAAUUAUUUGAAUAUGAGUAGAAAGCUAUGCAAUACUGCUGGUGUAAUGCUCUCAAUGUAAUCUAAUAGAGAAUAUAGUAAUUUAUCAACCUAUAUUUUCUCCCUUUGUUUUCAUACUGUUCAGAUAAAAAAAAGCGUGUGUUCGUUACUCAAUAUCCAAGUUUAGGCUACUGUGUAACUGUUAUGGCUAGAUUCUGUCAGGUACAUGUGUAUAGCGUCUAGGAACCGUUGUUCAACUGAAACAUUCUGUGAAGUAAUGGGUUCUAAAUUGACCAGGCAAAGAAGUCUGGACCAAAUAGAAACCACAUUUUCCAACAGGAGACGCCAGCAGCAUGACAGCUCCGGAGCAAGUGAGCGGAGUAGUGGCAGGGGAGGCGGGGAAUUCUUGUUUACAUCCCUGAUGCUGAAGUCAGAUAAGCUCCCAGGGAUGCUGCGGAAAACCAAGCACAGCCCCUAUGUGAGACGGGUGGCAUGGAUCCGGGAAAUACAGAAGCUUCUUCGAGAACAGAAACAAGAACAUGCAGUCGAGGUGCUCAAAUUGCUAAGAAAGGACUUGGGACUCCAGGGAACAUCCCUCAAUGAUAUCCUCUAUAAGAACUCAGCCUUUCUCAACCUGGUGGAUCCAAUCUCCCAUGAGCUCUUGCUCAGCCUGGCCAAAGACAUGCAGUGUCCAAAGAGGGAAACAGAUACACUGAAGACAUCCAACAAGAUCUGCAGACAGCUGAUAUUCCACCUGACCCCUCACUCCAAGUGGAUGAGACAAAGCCUUCCCAGGAGGAAGUCGCAGGCCUGUCUUAAAACCACACUGAAGAAGAAACUGACCAACGACGUGGCCAACCUGUCUGGCAUCCCUCUGUCUGGCCGAGACAUCCACCGGGUGGCCUACUACCUCCAGAGUAGCGGCAACUCUGUGUCGGCCGUGGACCUCAGCUUCACUGAGCUGCAGGACGAGAGCCUGCGUCUACUGCUGCCCUACCUGGGCUCCAUGCCCAAGCUCACCACCCUGGCCAUCAACGGCAACCGUCUGACGGUGGGCGUGCUGAAGGACCUGACGGAGGUGGUGAAGAACCCCCUCCAGUUCGCCAGCCUGGCAUGGGUGGACUUGGGCAACAACGUGGACAUCUUCACUGUGCCACAGCCCCUCCUAGUGGCCCUGCGUAGACGCUUCGGCCUCCGGAGCAGCCUGCCCACCAUUCCCGAGUAUAGCGAGGUGCAUGUCUAUAGUAGUUAUACCCUGGAGACCUCUAUUGAAGAACCCAGCCAGUAUGAGGAGGAGGGAGAGGAGGAGGAGGAGGGAGAGGGAAAAGAGGAGGAAGAUAAGCUGGAGCUAGAGGCAUGGGGAGGUGGGGAGAAGUGUGUAUCCACGAUUGUGGCUCUAAACUACUGUGAGAGGUGAUGAGCCAGCGUUGUAAUUUGACAACCCUUUGUACCCUACUGUCCCCUCACCUUGGCCUGAGCCCUGCCUUCCGUUUCAGCAUGUGUCAUCAUCGCAGGAGAAGCUUGGGGUCACCAAAUUCAUAAACCACUCACGAGGAGAAAACCCUGUUUUGUGUUGUCUCUUUAUAUGUUCCCGGUUGCAGAGAGAGUUCAAGCCAGUUUUGCCAGAAAAUUUACAUUUGAGAAAAAACAGACUGUUCUUGUGUUGGUAAAGACAUAGGUAUUCUAGGCACUGCAGUGAUAUUUUUACUUAGUCCUCCUGCGUAUGUCAUUCUUUAUGAGCAAAGCAAUCCUACACAACAGGAAUAAGACAGAUUAGAUUUCACCUGACUGUUUUGGCUUUCUAAUGUCAAGUGCUUUUUUCUAAUGAGGUACUUCCAUGUAGCACAUGCAGAUUGGAUGACACAGUGGGAGGGUUUGUUUCUAUAAAUAUGCUGCUGUGUUUUAUUGCACAACACACAACAUUUACUAAACGCUGAUUUCAAAACAGAUGGUUUCAAUUAUACAUCCACCAGAUUCACAUUUAUCCAAAAAUAGUUUUUAUCUUCCAAGUAGAGCAGACCCGACUAGGCUGUGAACCUCUGAGUGAGCCUCAACUGGCAGGUUCUGGGUCAGGCUGCCCUUGCCCUGAGCUGGGUGCUGGGGAGAGGACACCCUGUCUGUCUGUCUGUCUGUCUGUCUGUCUGUCUGUCUGUC